AUGACCCGUGGCAAUCAGAGAGAUCGCGAUCGCGCGAAGAACAACAAGGAGCAGGCCAAGAAAAAAUCCAAGAAUGAUCUUACUGGCUCGGAAUUCCAGCGGAAAAAGGAGAGCGAUGCUGCUAAAAUGCAAGCCAAACAGAAAGCAGCCGACGAGCGUCGAGCAGCCGAAGCACUCGCAGCAGCGAAGAAAAAUUGA